GACAGCAUCAGCAUCGACAUCCCCCGCCUGCCCUCCCGUGACUCGCCUGACGUGACCGCCCGAGACCGAGACAUGCACGAGAUUCAGCAGCAGGUCACGUCCCGAAAGGGCGAGCAGAUCGAAGUCUUGCCGCUUGAGAAAGAGGAGGAGAAGAGAGGAAAGAGAGAGGAUAGAGGGAAGACAGAAGAGAAGGAGAAGGAGGAGAAGCCAUUUCAGCAUGUGGAAGGGCUACAAGUAGCGGAAGAGACACUGGAGGAUGGAGGGGAAGGGGCGAGGAGCGAGGCAACCCUUCAAGCCCAGGAGUCGAUGGAGACAUGCGACUACUUCUAUAGCCUCGAAGAGAAGCGAAUCGCCGCGUCAAGAAUUGAGUCGAGGAUCGCAGGCAUCGCAUCUGAUGAGGACGUCGGGGCUUCUGAUCCUCAGAGCAGCGACGCCAACAUCGUCAACGGGAGCGUGCGGGGGAACCUUGGGUUUACAGUGUCUCGAGUGGAAGUUAAGGAAUCCACUGCCGGGAUAGCGAACGCAAGGUUGCUCGGUCAAAGAAUCUCCACCCGAUGCAAUAAGAAGUAGUAGAAGAGAAGGGAUGAGAUGAGAUGAGAUGAGAUGAGAAGGGAUGUAAUGAGAUAUGUCAGAAGAGAUAUCAGAUGUGUGGAGAUGAAGCUGGAAAAGACUCUUGAAGAAAGUCACAAAAGGUUGUUGAAACGCGUAUUCCGCAUACAUGAAUAGAGGGCUCCUUUGACUGUACAACGAAUAUCUAAUUUGAAACGAACGGUUUCAUGUAAACAAGUAAAUUACUAGUGUACAACC